GCAUCCAACCCGCGGUGGCCGCCAACUUCUCUGGAUGGGACUAGAAGUUUCUAGCCGGCCAGUUGCUGCCUCCCUUUAUCUCCUCCUUCCCCUUUGGCAGCGCGGAGGCUAUUUCCAGACACUUCCACCCCUCUCCGGCCACGUCACCCCCUCCUUUAAUUCAUAAAGGUGCCCGGCGCCGGCUUCCCGGACACGUCGGCGGCGCGCAGGGCUCUCACUCCUCGCCGCAGCAAAGAGGUGCCGGCACCCCGCGACCCGGCCACUUCGGGCGGACCCCGACCCAACAUGAGCGCUGCCACCCAUUCGCCCAUGGUGCAGAUGGCGUCCGGCAACGGCGCCAGCGACCGCGACCCACUGCCCCCUGGGUGGGAGAUCAAGAUCGACCCCCAAACCGGCUGGCCAUUCUUCGUGGACCAUAACAGCCGCACCACGACGUGGAACGAUCCGCGCGUGCCCCUCGAGGGCCCCAAGGAAACUCCAUCCUCUGCCAAUGGCCCCUCCAGGGAGGGCUCCAGGCUGCUGCCCAUUAGGGAAGGCUACCCGGUGUACCCCCAGCUGCGACCAGGCUACAUUCCCAUUCCCGUCCUCCAUGAAGGCUCUGAGAACCGGCAGCUGCAUCAUUUCCACACCUAUCCCCAGCCUGGGGCACAGCGAUUCCGAACAGAGGCGGCAGCGGCUGCCCCUCAGAGAUCCCAGUCACCUCUGCGCAGCAUGGCAGAAGCCACCCAGCCAGAUAAACAGUGUGGACAGGUGACAGCAACUGCAGCAGCUCAGCCCCCAGCCUCCCAUGGACCUGAGCGGUCCCAGUCUCCUGCUGCCUCUGACUGCUCAUCCUCAUCCUCCUCCACCAGCCUGCCCUCUUCCGGCAGGAGCAGCUUAGGAAGUCACCAGCUCCCCCGGGGCUACAUCCCAAUCCCAGUGAUACAUGAGCAGAAUGUCACCCGGCCAGCAGCCCAGCCUUCCUUCCACCAAGCCCAGAAGACCCACUACCCAGCUCCACAGGGUGAAUACCAGACUCACCAGCCUGUGUACCACAAGAUCCAGGGAGAUGAGUGGGAGCCCCGGCCUCUGCGGGCAGCAUCCCCAUUCAGGUCACCAGUCCGGGGUACAUCCAGCCGGGAAGGCUCACCAGCCAGAAGUGGCACACCAGUGCACUCCCCGUCACCCAUCCGUGUGCACACCGUGGUUGACAGGCCUCAGCAGCCCAUGACCCAUCGAGAGCCUCCACCUGUCACCCAACCUGAAAACAAACCAGAAAGUAAGCCAGGCCCCACUGGGCCAGAUCUCCCUCCUGGACACAUCCCCAUCCAGGUGAUCCGCAAGGAGGCGGAUUCUAAACCUGGUCCCCAGAAGCCGCCCCCUCCCUCCGAGAAGGUGGAAGUAAAGGUUCCCCCUGCUCCAAUUCCCUGUCCUUCUCCCAGCCCUGCACCUUCUGCUGUCCCCUCUUCCCCCAAGAAUGUGGCUGCAGAAGAGAGGGUGGCCCCCAUUCCUGUUCCUACAGAAGCUACACCCCCAAAAGCAGGAGAGGCUGAGGCCCCCCCAAAACAUCCAGGUGUACUGAAAGUGGAAGCAAUCCUAGAGAAGGUACAAGGGCUGGAGCAGGCUGUAGACAACUUUGAAGGCAAGAAGACUGACAAAAAGUACCUGAUGAUUGAAGAGUAUUUGACCAAAGAGCUGCUGGCCCUGGAUUCUGUGGACCCUGAAGGACGAGCUGAUGUACGCCAGGCCAGAAGAGAUGGUGUCAGGAAAGUUCAGACCAUCUUGGAAAAACUUGAGCAGAAAGCUGUCGAUGUCCCAGGUCAAGUCCAGGUCUAUGAACUCCAGCCCAGCAACCUUGAAACGGAUCAGCCGCUGCAGGAAAUCAUAGGGGGUAUGGGUGCCAUGGCAGCAGACAAGGAGAAGAAAAGUGCCAGGAAUGAAGAUCCCCAGACUUCUACCCAGCAACCAGAAGCCAAAGAAGCAGCAGCUCCAGAUCCCAGCAGUACGACAGACUCUGCUGGCAACCCAGCAGCAGCACCAUAGUCUCCACUAGAGACUAGGAACUGACCGUGUGCGUUAGGGAAUUUGAAGUUGCAUGCAUUUCAGGGACUGUAAGUCAGUUGGUUGCUGUUAUUCCUAGCUGCUUGUUACGCACAGUAACUUGGGUGGAGGCAGAGCACUAAUAAAAGGGCAGAAAGGAAAAUGAUGCUUCUGUAUUCUUAUUCUGUACAAAUAAAAGUGUUGCUUGUUUCAGAAUUUUAACCCUUUUGCUUGUUAUUUUGGGCCCUUUCUGUGCAUGGGCACCAUGUGUUAGCUGUGGCUGUGAGCUGUCUUCCUGUAGCUCUGGACUGAAGAAGUUUUUUUUGGGGGGGGGGUUGUAGAUGGGGAGUUAAUUUCCCAUCACAUAAGUGAAACCCAUUUUUCAGAAAUGUUGCCUUUUUAAUGGGAUGAUUUUCAUCUCGUAGUUCAAAUAUCUAACUUUACAAUAAGACAUGUAAGAAGUUCUAGGAAUAUCUGUAUGUUGGAUGACUUUAAUGUUACGUUUGAAAAAAGGAAAAUAAAAUAAUAUGUAACUCCAGAUGUUUUCUGUGAUUUAUAAAAGUUGAAAA